CAGCCUGCUCAUCCUGGCACUCUGUUGGUGCUGCAACACCCGCCUGGAAGAAGUAGAUUGUCCAAGUCAUCUUUGUCUCCUCGGCCAAGAUGUUUGUGGACACACUCGGGAGGUUGCUGGUGCUACUGUGUGUGUGCUGCACCGUGCACUGCUUGCCCAAGAGCAAGAGGCAGAGUGGACAGUACCAGAUGUACCCUGACCUCUACCAACCUCAACCUCUUUCCCCAGCCGGCUGCGAGGAAAACGGCCGCUCGUUCCGAGAGAACGAGCAGUGGGAGAAACCUUACCGUGGCAGCAUCCUGCUGUGCACCUGCCAGGGAGCCGCUGGCAUCAAGUGUAAAAGCAAGCCAGAAGUGGAGGAGUCUUGUCAUGACAAGUACAAUGACCGGACGUACCGCGUCGGAGAGACCUACGAGAGACCCAAAGACGGCAUGAUGUGGGACUGCACGUGUAUCGGCUCUGGUCGGGGGAAGAUCAGCUGCACCAUAGCAAAUCGCUGCCAUGAAGGUGGGAGGUCCUACAAGAUCGGGGACACGUGGCAGAGACCACAUGACACUGAGGACUACAUGCUGGAGUGUGUGUGUCUGGGGAAUGGCAAGGGAGAGUGGACCUGCAAGCCCGUAGCUGAGCGUUGCUACGACAACAACGCAGCAUCAUCAUACGUGGUGGGAGAGACCUGGGAGAAACCCUACCAAGGCUGGAUGAUGCUAGACUGCACUUGUCUCGGAGAGGGAAAUGGGCGUAUCACCUGCACCUCAAGGAACCGCUGCAAUGACCAGGAAACCAAAAAGUCCUACCGCAUCGGUGACACAUGGUCCAAGACUGACACCAACGGGAACGCCCUGCAGUGUUUGUGUUUGGGAAACGGUCGCGGCGAGUGGAAGUGCGACCGCCACAGCUCCGGCCAGGGCACAGGUUCUGUGGUGGUGACCCACCUCCAACCUCAACCGCAGCCCGAGCUUACUAUCGAAGGAACCUGCCGCACCGACUCUGGAGCCACCUACUUUGACGGACAGCGCUGGAUCCGAAACCAGGGCAGCACGCAGAUGCUGUGUACUUGUCUGGGCAACGGCGUCAGCUGCCAGGAGUGGGAGGCCAGGAGCCAAGUGUACAGUGGCAACUCCAACGGGCUGCCCUGUGUUUUCCCAUUUGUUUACAACGGGAAGACCCACUACUCCUGCACCUCAGACGGACGCACAGACGGGCAGCUGUGGUGCUCCACCACCUCCGACUACGAGCGAGACCAGCAGUACUCCUUCUGUACCGAGAAGAACGCCAUCGUGGCCACACGAGGAGGAAACUCCUUUGGCGCCCUUUGCCACUUCCCUUACCUGUACAGCGGCCGCAACUACACCGACUGCACGUCUGACGGCCGCCGUGACAGCAUGAGGUGGUGUGGCACCACCUACAACUAUGAUGCCGACCAACACUAUGGAUUCUGCCCCAUGGCUGCUCAGGAGGAGGUGUGCACCACCAACGACGGCGUCAUGCACCGCGUGGGAGACAAGUGGGACAAGCGCCAUGACGUCAUGGGUCACAUGAUGGAGUGCACGUGCCUGGGCAGCGGCCGCGGCGAGUGGAACUGCGUCGCCCACUCACAGCUGCGAGACCAGUGCAUCGUGGACAGUCUGACCUACGAGGUCAACCAGCAGUUCUCCAAGAGCCACGAUGAAGGCUACAUGAUGAACUGCACCUGCUACGGACAGGGACGUGGACGCUGGAAGUGCGACGCCAUCGAUCAGUGUCAGGAGCCUCAGACCAGAGCCUACUACCAGAUCGGAGAGACCUGGGACAAAAUUAUCCACAGCGUCCAGUACCGCUGUUAUUGCUAUGGCAACGGGAUCGGAGAAAUGAGAUGUGAUCCCCAGCAGACUCAACAAGGCGCCCACCGGCCGGUCCAGGUCAUCAUCACGGAGGCGGGCAAGCAGCCAGACUCCCACCCCAUCCAGUGGGACCCCCCCUCCUCGGUGCACAUCACGCAGUACAUCCUCAAAUGGAAAAUUAAAAAUUCCCGCGGCCCCUGGAGGGAGGCGGUGGUUCCCGGACACCUGAACUCCUACACCAUCAGUGGUCUGCGUCCCGGCGUCACCUACGAGGGUCAGCUGAUCAGCAUCUUGCAGUACGGACAGCGGGAGGUCACGCGCUUCGACUUCACCACCAACCAAGGUUCAUUGGAGACAUCCGAGGGAGAGACCACCCAACUUCCUCCUCUGGUGGACACCUCCGAGUCGGUGACAGAAAUCACCUCCAACAGCUUCGUGGUGUCCUGGACCUCGGCCUCGUCCACCAUCUCCGGCUUCAGGGUGGAGUACGAGCUCAGCGAGCAGGGCGCAAAGCGGAAAGUUCUGGAUGUUCCUCGGACUUCCACUUCCGUCACCAUCGGCGACCUCCUGCCAGGGCGCAGGUACAACGUUAACGUCUACGAGCUGCCAGACGACGGUGACGCCACCCUCAUCCUGUCCACAUCACAGACUACAGCUCCUGACACUCCUGCUCAGCACACCAUUGACGACGUGGGAGAGACGUCAAUCCGCAUCAGAUGGUCCAGACCUGAAGCUCCUAUCACUGGUUACCGUGUGGUGUACGCGCCUUCACUGGAGGGCAGCAGCACGGAGCUCAGCCUGCCCGACUCGGAGACCUCGGUGACCCUGGUUGACCUUUACCCUGGCGUCCUGUACAACAUCAGCAUCUUCGCCGUAGAGGAGAACCAGGAGAGCGAGCCGGUAUUUUUCCAGGUCAGCACAGCUGGAUCUGCUCAACCAGAGGAAGUGGCGUCGCCCACAGACCUGCAGUUCUACGAGGUGACCGACGUGAAGAUCACCAUCACCUGGAACGGCCCCCCCAGCGAGGUGACGGGCUACCGGGUCACCUUCUCCCCCCUGGGUCCGGACGGCACGGAGAUCCGCCCCCUCCAGCUGCCCGUGUCGGCCAACGCCUUCGCCGACAUCACCCACCUGCAGCCCGGCACUCUGUACCGCUUCUACGUCUACGCCGUCAACGGCGGCGUGGAGAGCGAGCCGCUGGUGGGGCAGAUGUCCACCAAACCGGACGCUCCCACCAACGUGCACUUCACUGACAUCGGGCCGGACAGCGCUCUGGUCAUGUGGGAGGCUCCUCACGCGGCGGUGUCGGGGUAUCGCCUCUUCUUGAGCGUGCAGGGCGCCAACCCCGUGGAGAAGAGAAUCCCGGGCGGCGUCACCGAAUACCCUCUGAGGAACCUGCGCCCGGAAACCGAUUACACCGCCGUCCUGCACUCUGAGCUGGACAAUGUGCUGAGUGAGGCCGUCACCACGUACUUCACCACAGCGCCACAAAUGGGAAACGCACCUGCUUUCAGCUCCGAGGUCACUGACACGGCCAUCAUCAUCACCUGGAUACCUGUCCGCAGGUUUAGCUACAAGCUGUCGGUGCUCCCCAGCCAGGAAGGCGAGUCUCCCAAACACAAGACCUCAGACUCCGGACGCGUUUCUGUCACGGGUUUGAUUCCUGGAACACAGUACACCUACAAGGUGCAGCCCAUGUUCAACGGGCGGCCCCGCGGGAACCCAAUCACUCGCAACGCCGUCACUGCUUUGUCCCCGCCCACUGACCUGAGAGUCCAGUCCAACUCUGACACAGGAGAUCUCAUCGUCCACUGGAGCCCCUCCAAGACCCCAGACAUCACCGACUACAAGGUGUCCAGCACGCCCACUAGUGGCCAGAAGGGGAACAGCAUCGAGGAGUUUGUGCGCGCUGACCAGACCUCCUGCAUGCUGGAGAACCUCAACCUGGGCGUGGAGUACAACAUCAGUGUCUACGCCGUCAAGGGCAACCUGGAGAGUGAGCCCAUGUCCACCAUCAUCACCCCAGUCAUUCCAGCGCCCACCAACCUGCACUUUGGAGGGGUGGGCCCCGACCACAUCAGGGUCACAUGGACCGUCCCCCACGUGGCGACCCCCAGCGACAUCUCUCGCUUUGUCCUCCGCUACCACCCUGUGACCCGGGACCAUGACGUCAAGGAGGUCAAUGUGGGCGGAGCCUCCAACACCUUCCUGCUGGAGAACCUUCACCCUGACACGGAGUACCGCAUCAGCGUGGUCUACAUGUACGGCGAGAGAGAGAGUAACCCUGCCUCAGGAACUCAGAGGACCGCUCUGGAUUCCCCUAGCGAUCUGGUCUUCUCCGAGGUCCAGACCAACUCCUUCACCAUCCACUGGCGCCCUCCCACCGCCUCCAUCACGGGGUACCGCGUCCGCCACCAGAGGACCAGCGGCGGGCGGGCCAAGGACGAGAGACUUCCUCCCAGCAGGACUCAUUUCACUCUGACGGGCCUGGCACCGGAGACGGAGUACAUCAUCGAGGUGUACGCCGUCAACAACAACCAGGAGAGCGCCCCCGUGACCGCCACUCAGGGCACCAUUUCUGACGCCCCCACGGACCUGGAGGUCAUGUCCGCCACACCCACCACCAUCACCAUCCGCUGGGACGCUCCCUCGGUCGCAGUCAAGCAGUACCGGAUCACCUAUGGAGGAUCAGGCGGCGAGACUCCUCAAGAGUUCAGCAUCCCAGGUACUCAGACCACGGCCACCAUCACUGGUCUGCACCCAGGCACUGACUACACCAUCACGGUCUACGCCGUCACCGGGCGAGGAGAUAGCCCCUCCUCCAACACCCCCGUCUACAUCACACACAAGACCGACAUUGAGGCCCCCGGGAACAUGGACGUGACCGACGUGAGCGACAACGCCAUCACGGUGCGCUGGUCGCCUGCUCGCGGACCCAUCACGGGCUACAGGGUGACGGGGGUCCCCAAGGACGGUCAGGGACCGGCCUACUCCAAGGACGUGUCUCCUGCUCAGACUGAGAUGACCCUCACAGGCCUGAUGCCCACAGUGGAGUACGUGGUCAGCGUGGCAGCGCUGGGUGCUGAUGGUCAGCCUUCAUCUGCAGUGGUGGACAACGGCAUCACGGCCAUGGACCGUCCCAAAGACCUGACCUUCUCAGACAUCGACCACAAGUCCAUGGUCAUCUCCUGGGACCGCCCUGAGGGAGCGGUGACAUCAUACCGCGUCUUGUACUCCAGUCCUGAUGAUGGCGAGCAGGAGCUGCGUCCGGCCCCCAGAGGGGACCAGGACAACGUGGCCAUCAAGGGUCUGCGUGCGGGGACAGAGUACACGGUCAAGGUCAUCGCCCUGCACGGUCGCACACCCAGCACACCACUGGUGGGGACUCAGGCCACAGUCAUCCCGUCUCCGAGCAACCUGCUCAUCUCAGAAGUGGGACCGUCCUCCUUCGCCGUGUCAUGGCAAGCCCCCAACGCGCGGCUGACAGGAUACCGCGUGGUCGUUAGCCCCCGCAACAUCAACGCCCCCGCCAAGGAGAUGAACGUUGCUCCCGACACCACGCGGGUGCUGGUGCCCGGCCUCAUGGUGGCCACCGCAUACCAGGUGCGUGUCUACGCUCUGAAGGACUCGGUCACCAGCAGACCACUGGAGGGAGAGACCACCACGCUGGAAGACAUCAGUCCGCCUCGCCGCGUGCGCAUCGUCGAGGUGAAGGGCGACUCUUUCACCCUCAACUGGCGCUCCAAGGGAGACACGCUGACGGGGUUCCUGAUUGAAGCCACGCCCACCUCCAGCUCAAGCCCCGCCAUCGUCAAGACCGUCCCGGCGGACGUUUACACCUACACGGUCUCGGGACUGCAGCCAGGCACCACCUACUCUGUUCACCUGUACACGCUCAAUGGCAACACCAGGAGCGCACCUGUGCCUCUUACUGUUCAAACAGCUAAACCAGCCGUCCAAGCUCCCACCGACUUCCAGGUGACAUCUUUGACUCCCACCGACAUCUCCUUCACCUGGCAACCUCCUGCCACGCCCAUCACGGGCUACUACGUCACCUACUCGGAGCCCAGGGCCACGCCCAGGGAGCUGAAGCCACGCCCCCACGCCGGCCAGAACUACGCCACCAUAUCUGGUCUGAAGCCUGCGACUGAGUACAUCAUCAGGAUUGUGGCCAUCCAGAACACGCAGAGAAGUCCUCCUCUGGUGGGCAGAAUCAGGACUCAACCAGGAUCCUUGCUGCCGGUGCCACUCCCUCAUCGCCCGGGAGACGUGACUGACAGGCUGGACGUGCCAGAACUGGACCUGGGCAACCGGGUCCAUCUGGUGGGCUCCAACGGGCAGGAGGGUGUGGGCGGUCAGAGCCAGCACGUGGAGGAGUACAACAACAACAACAAUGGCGGUCAGGGUCAAUGGCCGCUCGUCUUCCUUCCUCUGCCCGACGCUGACGGCCGCCGCCAACCUUACGUCAAACUCAACGUGCCGCAUGGCCUCACCUUUCCUAACGAGUCACGUCUCCCCCUGGAGGCCCAGACCAGAACCACACUGUCAUGGCAGCCCUACAGUCAGAGCAACGCCUACCUGGUCUCCUGCAACCCCGUCACACACCUGGAUGAGCAGAUGUUCCAGGUGCGCCUACCAGGGACCACCACCACUGCCACGCUGGUGGGACUGACCCAGGGCGCCGACUACCAGGUCCUGGUGGAGGCCCUGAAGGGGUCGCUGAAACACAAAGUCCUGGAACAGACCAUCUCUGCUGGGAACACAAUUCCUGACGGACUUCCUUCCACGGUCCCAGACGGACUUCCUGCCACAGACGACGCCUGCUAUGAUACUUUCACCGCCACCUACCAUGAUGUGGGCGCCGAGUGGGAGCGCAUGUCUGAGACCGGCUUCAAGCUGUGGUGCAGAUGUUUGGGUCUGGGCCGAGGACACUUCCGCUGUGACUCCUCCAGGUGGUGCCAUGACAACGGGCAGAACUACCGCGUGGGAGAAAAGUGGGACCGGCAGGCGGAGAAUGGUCACAUGAUGAGCUGCACGUGCUCGGGGAACGGCAAAGGAGAGUUCAAGUGUGAACCUCACGAGUCAGUUUGCUACGACGAGGGCAAAACCUUCCAGGUGGGCAACCAGUGGCAGAAAGAAUACCUGGGCGCCAUUUGUACCUGCACCUGCCACGGAGGGCAGCAGGGCUGGAGAUGUGAGAAUUGUGUCAGACCUUCUUCUGCUGCUGCUGACACCGGCCUGCUGACACCUGUCCGAUACGGAGGCAGCACACUCAUCAAGAACAUCCAUUGUCCCAUCGAGUGUCUGAGACCUGACCUGCUGGCAAACACCCACGUGGUCCCGGACUCUCGAGAGUGAAGUCCACCCAUCCCCCGCUUCGCUUCUUCCACCACUGCACUGCCUCACCACAACCCUGACCCCUCACCACAACCCAGACCCCUCACCACAACACAAUCAUCCUUUCACGCGUCACCUUCUCCAGCUUCCAGGAGAGAGAAGAAGCCAUUGCAGUUUUUGUCAGAGUUCUUGUGUUCCUGCAAGCAAAAAGGUGACACUAUCCCUUUAAGAAUAAUUUAUCCUUUCUUUUCUGUGUGAAUUGUUUGUGUUUUUGUACUUUGUUGUUCCUGCCAAACUUGUUUCUACUGCACAAAAGUCCAUCCUUGUAAUAAAGUUGGAAAGAUCA